AUGCUCUCUCUCGCUGCUGUCCUACUUGUCGCUACCUCUUCUCUGGUAUCUGCGCUGCGAAUAGGCACCUGGAACUUGCGAUACGAUUCGCAGUCAAAUGACAUCACUGUCCAGGAAUCCAUAGAUUCCCUCGCCGAUCCUUUGCAGGCCUUUACCUACCUCGGUAUAUCGAAUGGCGCCGAACAACCCUGGAGCACGCGUAGGAUUCGCGUCGCGGAGCAUGUGUUGAACGAGGGUGCCUCUAUUCUUAGUGUACAAGAGGCACUAGUCCGGCAGGUCAAUGAUCUCGUUGAGCUGCUUGGUGACGGGUGGUCCUACGUCGGUGUAGGACGUGAUGACGGUGUCGCCGCCGGGGAAUUCAGUGCUAUUUUCUACAAGACGUCCGACGUCACAUUGUCCUGGAACGACACGUUCUGGCUAUCGAAUACACCUUUGGAGCCAUCAAAGUACCCUGGUGCAGGGAGCUAUCGUAUCGCCAAUGUUGCUCGAUUCACUACCGGAUCCGAGACCUUCACACUGAUCAACACUCACCUCGAUGAUAUAUCUGAUGAUCAACGGCAAUUAGGUGCCUCGAUGGUCCUGACGCGCGCUAAAUACGAAGCAGUCCAGUCCAAUGGACCGGUAUUUGUCACCGGCGAUUUUAACAGUCCUUCUACCGGAGAUGACUCUGCAGCGUAUGAAAUCAUCACAGGGUCGCACGACCUUUUCGCUAUGAAUGCAACUUGGGCGGCAAAGUACGGUGUUGGCGACGAGCUGGAGGACUUUGUGAUGGAAGAUCUCCGAGGUCGGGCUCCGCGACGAAUGGUGUCGAAGAACUAUGCGACGUAUAGCGGAUGGACGGGUCCAGCGGAUACGAGCAAAUGGACAAGGAUUGAUUUUGUCUUUGGGGGAAGUAAUGGUGGAUGGACCGCCAAUUCAUACAAAGUGGAUUCUGCCUUGAACGAUGAUGGACUUCUCAUGAGCGACCAUCGACCUACUUUUGUUGACAUUUCCUUCUAA